CUUAAAGACACUUCAAAGUCCACAACAUCAAAGGCACCUGCUCCAGUCAAGUUGACUGAAGAGGAGAAAAAGGCGGCAAAAGAAGCUGAGGAAGCAAGACUGAAAGAAGAAGAACAAAAGAAGAUUGAAGAUGCUAAGAAAAAAGAAGAAGAGGAAAUAUUAAGAAAAGAAGAAGAAGAAAGGAGAAAAGCUGAAGAAGAAAAACAGAAAAUAAUUGAUGAACAGGCCCAGUUGAAGGAAUUUAUAGAAGAAACUCAGUCACGGUUAGAAUUUAAAAAUCAAAUGAAAGAAAAGAAUAUAAAAGCUCUAGAUAAUAGACCAGAAGAAUCAUUUUUCUCCAAACUGGAUUCAAGUUUGAAAAAGAACACAGCGUUUGUUAAGAAAUUGCGUAAUUUAACAGAAUCUCAGAGAGAUGGUUUAAUCAAAGAUUUUAACAGUUUGAAUCUCUCCAAAUAUGUUGGGGAAUGUGCAUCUGCUGUAGCUGAGACUAAAUUAAAGAUGUCUGACGUAAAUUGUGCUGUUCACAUCUGUAGUUUAAUACAUCAACGAUAUUCUGAAUUCUCUAGCAUGGUGAAAGACAACUUUCAGAAAAUGCUUCUAUCUAAAAAAGAUGAAAAGAUAACUAACCCUAGUAAAUAUCGUGUAGAUUUAAGAUUAUUUGCUGAAUUGGUAUCAGUGUGUGUUGUUGGUUCAAAAGAAGGACUACCAAUAUUAGCUAAUCAGUUAUCAUUUAUUAUUAAUUCUGAUAAAGAUGCCCACAAUCACCUCUCUAUAAUAUCUAGUUUCUGUAAACAUUGUGGUGAUGACUAUGCCGGUCUUUUACCUAGAAAAUAUAGGUUAUUAGCUGAAAAAUAUAAUAAAGAAAUACCUAGAAGUACAAUGUUAAUACCUAAAAGACAAGGUCCAUGUAGAAAUCUUUUAAAAGAAUAUUAUACAUCAUUAUGUUCACAUCUUACUAAAGAUCAUAAACAGUUAAAAACAAUGGAAAAACACAAUCUUAGAAUGUUGAUAACUAAAGGAGAAGUGAGUAAUGAAAGAAAAGAACAAUAUGAAACAGCCCAAGCUGCCUAUAUCAAAUUAUAUAAUGCAACUUCAAUAUUUGAUUUAUUAGAUGAAGAUAUGCCUGAUUUACCUGAGGAAGUAAAAGUGAAUGGUGAAGAUGGUUUAUUUGAUAUAUUUAAUGCUACAGGGGGAGAGUUUCAGUUAGAAGGAGAUGUUUCUCUAUUUGAAGAUGAAGAUACUAGAACAUUCUAUGAAACUUUACCUGAUUUAAAAGCCUUUAUUCCUGGGAUUUUAUAUAAAGAUAGUGAAAAACAGGCCACAGAGACUGAUGUUAAAGAAAUAGAUUCUUCUUUAGAGUUAGAUAUUGAUGUAGAAGAUCUAGAGAAAGAAAUAGAAUCAGAGGUAGGACUGGUAGAAGAUCAGUUAGAAACAGAAGGUAAAGAAUUAGAUGAUGGAACAUUUCUGCCACCGGAAGCUGAAGAGGGUGAUAGUGAAACUGGUAGUUUAAUGAAGAGCCAAUUUGAAGCGUAUUUACAAACAUUACCAAACUGUGUCAAUAGAGAUCAUAUUGAUAAGGCAGCUAUAGAAUUCUGUAUGAAUUUUAAUACUAAAGCUAAUAGAAAGAAACUUGUAAGAACAUUAUUUACAGUACAUAGAACUAGAUAUGAUCUGCUGCCAUUCUACUGUAGAUUAGUAACUAUAUUAAAUCCCUGUAUGCCAGAUUUAGCUACAGAUUUACUUCAAUAUUUGAAAGGGGAUUUUAAAUGGCAUGUGUGUAAAAAGGACCAAAUUAAUAUUGAAUCCAAGUUAAAGACAGUUAGAUUUAUAGGUGAAAUGGUUAAGUUUAAACAGUCACCAAAGGCUGAAGCUUUACACUGCCUAAAGAUGUUGAUGUUUGAUUUUCGUCACCACAAUAUUGAGAUGGCCUGUGCUUUAUUAGAAUCUUGUGGUAGAUAUCUCUAUAGAUCUCCUGAUUCUCAUCAUAGAACUAGAGUUUACUUAGAUGUAAUGAUGAGAAAGAAAUCAGCUUUACAUCUAGAUCCUAGAUAUACCACCAUGAUAGAGAAUGCUUACUUUUAUAGUAAUCCUCCAGAAGCUCAACAAAUAGUUAGAGUAGAGAGACCUCCAUUACAUCAAUAUAUUAGAAAAUUACUAUAUAAAGAUUUAUCUAAAGUAACUACUGAGAAAGUUCUGCGACAGAUAAGAAAAUUGGACUGGGAUAAUCCUGAGAUUGCUUUCUAUACAACAAAGAGUUUAACUGCUGUGUGGAAUACAAGAUAUAACUCUGUACAUUGUAUGGCUAAUCUGAUUGCUGGCUUAGCACCAUAUCAUGAACAUGUAGCUAUACAAGUUGUUGAUGGUGUAUUAGAAGAUAUUAGAUUAGGAAUGGAGAUAAAUCAUCCUAAGUACAAUCAGAGAAGAGUAAGCAGUGUAAAGUAUCUAGGAGAACUAUAUAAUUAUAGAAUGGUAGAAUCAGGAGUUAUAUUUAAAACAUUAUAUACAUUUAUAACAUUUGGUGUAUCUAUUGAUGAUAAGUCACCAUCAAGUUUAGAUGCUCCAGAUCAUUUAUUUCGUAUCAGAUUAACUUGUGUGUUACUAGAAACAUGUGGACAGUAUUUUGAUAAAGGUUCCAGCAAAAAGAAACUGGAUUGUUUUCUUAUAUAUUUUUUGAGAUAUUUUUGGUUUAAGAAAAGUUUAUCUAUCUGGACACAUGACCAUCCUUUUCCGAUAGAUGUUGAUAACUUAGUCCAUGAUACACUAGAUACUAUCAGACCCAAGUUAAAACAACCUAAAUCUUAUGAAGAGGCCUGUAAGACCACAGAGGAAUUAGAAGAGGAAUAUAAAGCUAAAAUAUCUUCAUUAUUAACCAUUAACGAAGAAGAUGAUGAAGAGAAUAUAGAUUAUGAUAAUGAUAAUGAUGGUUUAUCUACUAUUAAUGAGUCUGAUGAAAUAGUUGAUGAUUUAUCCCAAGUUGAAGAUAUGAACACUGGAGAAAGUGAUCCUAGUCAAGAUGAGAGUAAUCUUCAUAAUACAGGCAGUCAAAAUGUUGAGGUAACAGUAUUGACUGGUGGACCAAAAUAUGUCCAGUGUCAAGAAGAUGAAGAUUUUCUCUCAGCUUUUGAUAAAAUGAUGUCUGAUAAUAUCAAGUCAAGAACAAGAGAAGCUGUAAAAGUUCCACAAAUGGAUAUAAUUGUUCCCAUGUACCUUAAAGAUAAAAGGAAAAAAGCUGCUGAUGAUAUGGUAGAGGAAGCUAAACCAGAUUCACUUAAUUUCUUAUUAAUGACUAGGAAGGGCAAUAAACAACAGUUUACCAACUUGAAGGUUCCAGCAUCAGAAGAUUUUGUGUCAAAGUUCAAGGAAAGAGAAAAGCUAGAACAAGAAGAAAGAGAACAGAUGAAGCAGGUAGUAUUAGGUAUACAUGAACGUCAAGAAGAGGAAGACUGGCAAGAUAUGAUAGCUGCCAUGAAUAAAAAUGUUCAAGUGAAUGUUAAUAGAGAACGUAAAGUGAAGUAUAACCAUCCUAAAGGAGCACCAGAUGCUGAUCUUAUCUUCGGUUCCAAGUGA